UCUCCUUCGGAACCUCUCGCGCUUUUAUACUGAUGUUUGACCAAACACUCUGACGAAUGACGUGUAUGAAUAACAAGGCGCCAGGUGUAAAAUAAGUAGUAAUCAAUGGUUUUGCUUAAUUGAAUGACCCUUUUCUAAUUUGAGACUUGUAAUACCGACAAAUAGAACAAAGUGCUUUCCACGGCAGCAGGUAUGUUUACUGACACCACGCCUGCACAGUACACGCAGUGGUGACAUGCUUUGAACAGUUCAGAUCUGAUCAGCUGAUGAUUACAAUCGAAUAUAUUCUUCGGUACUCGAGAAAAUAUAAAGUACUAAAGGAAUCUUACGAAAUAGACAACUCUUAUUUCAUCAAGUGUUCAGUUAGUGGAAAGCUUUCUCGAAUUUUCUCGACAGUAUUGUGUCGUUUAUUCACAGGAAUAGUUUGCUUUGUAUACAGAUGAAUGCUUCUGAGAUUUUACUUAAUAUUCAAAUAAUAUAUUUAUUAAGAAUUUUCAUUAUUUUAGUUGGAACAGAGUAAUAUUUUAGUGACCCUGGAAACAGACGAGGAAUUAAAUUUUCUGAGAGAUGUCCAGACUAUUGAUUGGUGUCCGUCUUGUUACAUGUGUCAGCUUAAUUCUUUUCACCAUAAGCUGUUAUAACAUGAUGGUAAGAAGUGAAAAGGCCUCAAACAACAAACAACAGACAAAAAGUGAAUCAAUUCCUGAAGACUUAACAAAAACGAAGGAACCCUCAGGUCAUACGAGACCGACUGAACCUGGGUCUACGUCUCACGGAACCAGUGCUCUUACAGUUGUUCCUGAUUAUGAGGAUGAAGAGGAUGCUACAGUCACAACAGAGGAUGAAAAUGCACCAGAUUUUAGUAACAUGGAUGUUUUCUACCCAACAAAAGAAUGGCAGGAGCUCAAGCCAGGUCAAGCGAUUCCAAAAGGGCUACAUGUCAGACUGAAUAUGCAGACUGGUCAGAGAGAGGCCAAACUAAUGGAGGGGGAUAGUGGACUCAAGUACUGGGUCAAGGAUGGAAAACAAGGGAUUGUUAACACAGACAAGGAUUACUUUACACCAGAGGAUCUGAAGAAGGCCCUGAAAGAAUUCAAAGUCAACAAGAUAGACGAUGAGGAUACUGAGCGGAUGGAGGUAGUAAAACAGAAAUACAAGAGUUAUGAGGAGCUUAAGAAGGACCUAGAGAGUUUAGAGAUGAACAUUAAAACUGACCGUGAGACGAUCCUAGAACUGACCGGAAUGCUGAACUCUACUUCUAUUGACAACACUGAGAGGAUUGAUAUCAUGGAGAACUUACUGGACUACAUGCAUCAGAUUGAUAAUGCUAUCCUAUUUUGUGACAUUGGUGGUAUGAAAAUGGUUAUAAAGAGCCUCAAUGACUCGGAUGAGAAUGUCAGGUCCAUCUCGGCGUCACUCUUGGCAUCAUCUCUUCAGAAUAACCCUAAAGUGAAAAUAUACUGUAUUGAGGCUGGUCUUCUCCAACAUUUUGUGCGUGCACUUUCAACGGAAGCGGAAGUCUCCGUUAAGAGGAAGCUUUUAUUUGCACUGUCGGCAAUGGUUCGAAACUUUCCGUACGCUCAAACGAAGUUCGGCAAUCUCGGCGGGUUCAGUGUCCUGGCGAAGUUAUUUUCAGAGCAAGGGCCGGCGGAAGAUGUGAUGAAACUUACCGAGAGGGCGCUGUCUCUGGUUGUAGAUCUGAUGGAAGAGCACGAGUCAGUAACCAAGGACAACAGAGAGCAUUCAUCCAAGGAGAUGUUAAGACAGUAUGAUGAGUUUCUUCUGCAGGAUCACCUGGUACAAAAUGGAUUCUGUGGAAUCGUGUGUGAUCUCUUGGAUAACAUUCCACCGCGAGAGUUUGAGAGCACCGUGGAAAUUAUUCUGAAAGCUGCCUUGAAAUUAAAGGACUCAUGUUUGCAGCAUUUCAAAAACCAUGCUGGAAAAAUAAAAUUUCUCCGAGAUAACUUAAUACAUCUUUACCACCAAGACACUGAAUUAGAAUUUUACAAAGAUUGGUCUGAAAUUGCAAAUAAAUUGUUUCAUUUUCUGAUGAUGAAGGACGAACUCUGACCAAAACUAAACAGAAAGACUGGAAUGAAAGAAUCAGUUCUUGACAUGUGCACAGUUUUGAUCUUUGUGUUUAGCUAGGAUGAAGGCCAAGUGGUGUGGAACAUGAAAAUAUGAGUGUUGGUGUUCAGGGGUAUAGAUGUGAAGUGAGUAAAUUGAACGAAUUCGUUGUUGAACGAUAAAGAAAAAAUAUUUUUGAAGUAUGUGCUUGUUAUUUAAAAUAAAAGAAUGAAACUUGAUAAA